AUGGCACCGAAGAAGGAGAAGGCACCACCACCGUCGUCAAAGCCGGCGAAAUCAGGAGGAGGGAAACAGAAGAAGAAAAAAUGGAGCAAGGGUAAGCAAAAGGAGAAGGUCAACAAUAUGGUUUUGUUUGACCAAGGUACCUACGAUAAGCUUCUCACAGAAGCUCCCAAGUACAAACUCAUCACUCCGUCGGUUCUUUCCGAUCGUCUCAGGGUGAAUGGAUCUUUGGCACGUCGUGCAAUCAAGGAUUUGAUGGCAAGAGGUUUGAUUAGGCUGGUUUCUGCUCAUGCUAGCCAACAGAUUUACACCAGAGCCACUAAUACAUAA